AUGGAUGACUGUUCAAAGGCUUUGAGUUAUUAUGAACAGACACUGGAACUUGACUCGAAAACAUCUAUGGCUGCGACAUACAAUAAUAUUCCAGGGAACUACAAUGCCAUGAGUGACUACUCAAAGGCUUUGACUUAUUAUGGCCACACACCGGAACUUGACUCGAAAACAUCUAUGGCUACGGCAUACAAUAAUAUUCCAGGGAACUACAAUGCCAUGAGUGACUACUCAAAGGCUUUGACUUAUUAUAAACAGACACUGGAACUUGACUCGAAAACAUCUAUGGCUACGACAUACAAUAUUAUUGAAGGGAACUACAAUGCCAUGGAUGACUAUUCAAAGGCUUUGACUUAUUAUAAACAGACACUGGAACUUGACUCGAAAACAUCUAUGGCUACGUCAUACAAUAAUAUUGCAGGGAACUACAAUGCCAUGGAUGACUAUUCAAAGGCUUUGACUUAUUAUAAACAGACACUGGAACUUGACUCGAAAACAUCUAUGGCUACGGCAUACAAUAAUAUUGCAGGGAACUACAAUGCCAUGGAUGACUGUUCAAAGGCUUUGACUUAUUAUGAACAGACACUGGAACUUGACUCAAAAACAUCUAUGGCUACGACAUACAAUAAUAUUCCAGGGAACUACAACGCCAUGGGGGACUAUUCGAAGGCUUUGACUUAUUAUGAACAGACGGUGGAACUUGACUCGAAAACAUCUAUGGCUACGACAUACAAUAAUAUUGCAGGGAACUACAAUGCCAUGGGUGACUAUUCAAAGGCUUUGAGUUAUUAUGAACAGACACUGGAACUUGACUCGAAAACAUCUAUGGCUACGACAUACAAUAACAUGGGAGCAAACUACAAUGCCAUGGAUGACUGUUCAAAGGCUUUGACUUAUUAUCAGCAGACACUGGAAGUUGACUCGAAAACAUCUAUGGCUGCGACAUACAAUAAUGCAGGGAACUACAACGCCAUGGGUCACUACUCAAAGGCUUUGACUUAUUAUGAACAGACACUGGAACUUGACUCUAAAACACUGGGUUCGAAUCAUCCAUCUAUGGCUACGACGUACAAUAAUGCAGGAAACUACAACGCCAAUGGGUCACUACUCAAAGGCUUUGACUUAUUGUGA